GUCUCUUUCCCCAAUUCCAUCGCCAGAAUUACUUCCCUGUUUUGCUUUGUGCCUUGUAUGCCUCCAUUGUUCUAGUUUUGAAGUUGAUUGGCAAUGAGUGAAAUCAUUGUGAGUUACAGGCGUAUUUCCGUGAAACUCUUAGGAAGGAUAAAUCCUCAUCUUGCCACCGAUUCGACGUUUCAUGGUCUCUUCAAAGGUUUCCCGCUCUGAUAAUGGCCCCAUCCGGGGUUAAGCCUGGUUUGAUAAAGGAUCCUGCCAUAGCUGCUCUCUUCAGUAAUAAAGACCCAGAAUCUCGAUAUGAUGAUUUGCGAGAAAUUGGACAUGGGUCAUUUGGCGCCGUGUACUUUGCUUAUGACAAGGAUACAGGCGAGACUGUCGCUAUCAAGAAGAUGUCCUAUUCGGGCAAGCAAGCUGGUGAGAAGUGGGCAGAUAUCUUAAAAGAGGUUUCAUUUCUCCAUAAAAUUAAGCAUCCUCAUAUUGUUGAAUACAAAGCAUGUUUUUUGAAGGAACAAACAUGUUGGCUUGUGAUGGAAUAUUGCAUCGGUUCUGCAGCGGACAUAGUUGAUGUUUUGCGGCAAGGGUUGCGUGAAAUUGAGAUCUCGGCGAUUUGUAGUGAAACGCUCUCUGCUUUGCAUUACCUCCAUCAGUUAAAACGCAUCCAUAGGGAUAUAAAAGCAGGCAAUAUCCUGCUUUCUGAUUCAGCUCAUGUGAAGCUCGCUGACUUUGGAUCUGCUUCAAUGGCGGAUCCAGCGCAGACUUUCAUCGGGACUCCUUUUUUUAUGGCUCCAGAGGUCAUUCUCGCCAUGGACGAAGGCCAUUAUACGGAAAAAGCUGAUAUUUGGUCGCUUGGUAUCACUUGUAUAGAGCUAGCUGAGCGUCGCCCACCAUUAUUCAACAUGAAUGCUAUGUCAGCCCUGUAUCACAUUGCACAAAAUGAUCCUCCUAAAUUAGCUCCUGUCACAGCUGAAAAUCAACCGGAUUGGUCCGACCGAUUCAAAGAUUUUGUAGAAAUUUGCUUGCAAAAAGAAGCUGAUGAGCGACCAUCCACGGGAGAUUUGUUAAAGCACGCCUUCAUCACACAUCCCGAACACAGGGGAGUAAUUCAUGAACUUAUAUCGAGAACGAAGGCCAUUGUUUUGGAGCUGGACAAUUUUCAGUAUAAAAAGAUGCGGAAGCUUAUGUAUUUGGAUGAAAUUGAGAACAAGGAUAGCGACAAUAAUCAAGGUGGAGGAUGCGAAGAACAGGAUGAUGUAGGGAACAAUCCAGGGAUGUUAUCGGUUGGCAAAGGCGACUCGACAAGUUCUAAGAGUGGCUCGAUGAAAAGUCUCAACUCAUUUCGAUCUAUGCAAAGUAGUAGUGGUGGAAAUGGAUCGAGCACUCGUCCUCCAAUUCCAGCUAGCCUACUAUCCAAUAAUGCUGAAGGAGAGAAUCGCACUUUGAUUCCCGUUGGAAAUGUUUCCCUGGAUGGCUCUGAUGCACAAAGCACGCGUCCGGCAAGUCCUAUUCCUUCUUUGAAGAUGGAUAGGAACAUUAAGGAUGACAUGGCAACGCUACGGAAAUCAAAGUUCUCCACUCUGCGGUCUGCGAAGUUAAUUUCCAGAGAGCAAGAAGAGUACAAUAAGGAGAAUAACAUGUACGAACAAAUGAAUGGAUACAAACGUUUGCGUCAACUGCAUCAUAAGGAGAUGAAGCAGCUGGAGGAGCGUUGUGCGGUCGACAUUGAGCAGCUCAAUACACAACUGGACAAGGAGUUGAAUCAGUUGAUUGCUGGAUAUGCAAAGGAGAGGCAACGUUUCAAAAGUGCACACCAGAAUGAACUGGACAAGAAGCGUAAAGAGUUGGAGGAUGGGGAAAAGAAGUUGAGAAAGCAAGUUCUGACUCGUCAAGCGCAUGAAAUGCGGUGCUUCUCGAACUCACAGCUGAAAGAGUAUCGCCACAACAAAGAUUUGGCUAAGAGUGGCUUGAAGGAAAGCGGCCUGUCAAAAUCAGCGUAUGAGGCAGCUCUCAAAGAUGUGAAAGCUAAACUGACUAGGCAAAGGACUGCCGCUGAGACUGCCUUUGAGGCAAAACUCCGAGCCGAAUUGGAGACCGAAUUGGCUAAAUAUCGUCGAUCUCAGCUGCUUUUGAUGCACAGUAUAGAGAAGCGAUUAGACGAGGAGGAUCUGAAUGUAUUGGAACGCCAGAUGGACAACCGACAUGCAAUGAUGCUUCGUCAUCACGAGGCUACAAAGGAUAUCGAACUGACUCAACUGAGGGAAAUCCAGACGAUGAGGAAACGUCAUCAGAUAAUACAACAUGAGGCGGAGUCUACAAAUCAGACAGAGUAUACGAAGAGGAAAACUGACGAUCUGCGGAAGCGUCAUGCUAUACAGAGCAGGCAGCAACCUAGAGAACUCAAGUUGAAAGAAGCACAAAUAAGAAAGCAGUUCCGCCAAGCUGUCAAGACACAAACACGCCAGUUCAAAUUGUAUCAGACCCAGCUGAUGCAGGCUGCUCCGAAGGAAGAACACAAGGAGAUUGCUAUGCAAUUGAAAGAGAAACAAAAGCACCGCAUCGCCUUGUUGACGUCUCAAUACGAAUAUCAAAUCGAGAGCAUGGUCCACGAGAAGACUGGAAAAUUGGAAUCUUGGCAAGAAGAAGAAGCCCGUCAGUUGAAUGAGCGACUCGCCAAAGAACUUGACCAACUCAAGGAAUAUCAAACAAAACAACGGAUACAACUUGAAAAUACCAUAGACAAGGAGCGUACAGCAUUAGACGAAAGGAUAUUAUUGCGACGAGCAGUGCUUGAGCAGCGAUUCAGAGAAGAACGGGAUGAAAUGCAGAAGCAGCGAGAAGCACGGGGUCGUGCGAUGGCUGAACGUCACGCAGCUGAAGAACGACAGCUAGCAGAGUCCUGUGGUAACUCUUCUCAUACCACGGCGCUGUAAUUGUAGCUUGCGAAGGUUUGAAAAAUCAUUUCAACUUUCAAGUGCUUUUUGCUCUUAAUGUAUGCACCUCUAUCUCAUUUUAUAUAGUUCUUUCUUGCUCACUCAGUUUUCUUUUUUGCUACAAAUGUUGAACAAGACGCUCCUCUAGUCCAAAUCAAGUGUGUACGUAUUAUCGUAUUUUCGAAUAUCUGGCAAUUGCUGCUAUAUCCUGGUGAAUUUGAUGAUGGGGUGACGUGCUGCAGUAUCUCUUUCAAGAAGGAGCUUGACUAUUGUUGUGAGUGCUGCAACAAGACCUUAUUUAUUUUGAUCUUCGCUGGAUAAUGCCAGAACUAAGCCAUGUUAUCGCAUUGAUAGAAGCGCCAUAUCAUGUUUAAUUAGGCGCGCAUAGCUCAAUAUAUUGCAAUUAAUACUUAGAAGUCUCAGUUCUGUGUUUUGCUGUAUGUGUGCUGGGGUCAAAGUCUGAAUUCUACCCAUAUGCCUUUUCAUCAAGUGUUGUUCUCCAUCAUAUAUUUUAUCAGUUGUUCCUACUUUUUUCGUCGCCUCCUUUCCUUCCUCAUCAUCUUAUCAUGCUUUUUUUGCUCUCCUCGUUAGCCUUUUUCUCGCUCGUUUUUUUGAAUGAUUUAGUUCACUACGCUUUAUGACUGCGACUCUUGUCGUGAUGCAGAUGUGAUAUCGGGGGUUCUUCCUCGAAUUAAGUCGUUGCUCAAGGGGCAAACAAUAGCGGAAUUAUACUUUUUGAGCAUUUUUGAACCUCAUAUUAAAAAACAGAAACCUUCUCAUCAUAUACUUAUUCAUCACUACUUCCGUCCCUCGAGCGUUGCGACAACAGCCAUUUGAUAUAAGAUAUCAAAUCAAAAUGUAUUCCUAGGGGCCUUUCCUUGACUUUUGUUGUAUUGCUACACUUAUGUGUGCAACAAUGCUGCACUUUCAUAAUAAUUUAUUUGCUUAUUGUUCUACUACGUGCAUAUACCUUAUGCGAAUAAAGACUUCAUUGUUA